GUCCAAAAUCAUGAAUCGAAAGUAAAUGAACAAUGUUGCUGAUGCGAAACGCAAAUGCUCGCUAAACUCGUGAAAUUGGGAUUCGGAAUCGCAGGUGCGAAAUCACACGGUUGGGGAAAUCGGAUUCAGAUGCACUCCGUCGGCGAAGCGCAAAACAACUGAGCACGCAACAACAAAAACAGUGACAGCCGAUAGCAACAGCAACAGUCAUCACAAUAGCAACACUCAAAUCAAAACACAAUGACAACACGCACAGUGCAGAGGAAUCUCUGGGCCUCUGCUGCGGUUGUCCUGGUCCUGCUCCUGGUCUGGUCGGACACCACUAGAGGCUACUUCGCAGCCAUCGAUGAGACGGAGACUAGCAAAAACUGCUUCUGCGAGUUGGAGGGAUCUAUAAACGACUGCAGCUGCGAUGUGGACACGGUGGACCACUUUAACAACAUGAAGAUCUAUCCGCGACUGCAGAGCCUGCUGGUGAAGAACUUCUUCCGCUUCUACAAGGUGAACCUGCGGCAGGAGUGUCCCUUCUGGCCGGAUGACAGUCGCUGUGCGAUGCGCUUCUGCCAGGUGGAGAACUGCGAGGAGCAAGCGAUUCCCCAGGGCAUCAAGGACAAGGGAGAGCACAAGGAGAAGGCCGCGUUUAAAUACACGCGCGAGGCGCAAGUUGGGGGCUCAGCCUGCUCGGAUGGAGAGGAUUUUGACAGCUCUCUGGGUUUCCUGGACACGAGCAUCAGUGAUCAGGCUCAUCGGGAAUUCGAGCUGUGGGCGAAGCACGACGAGGCGGAAGAGGACUUUUGCAUCGUGGACGAUCAUGAGGAGGGCUCCCAGUAUGUAGAUCUGCUCUUAAAUCCCGAGCGAUACACUGGCUAUAAGGGCGAGUCGGCACAUCGCAUAUGGAAGAGCAUCUAUCUGGAGAACUGUUUCGGUGGCAACAACGAGACGGCUAACAAGUUCUCUAACUACGUGCCCCAUUUGGAUCUGCGGGAUGUGUGCUUGGAGCAGCGUGCCUUUUAUCGCAUUAUUUCUGGCCUCCACUCUAGUAUCAAUAUUCAUCUGUGCUCCAAAUACCUGUUGUCAGAGUCGAAGGACUUCCUGGAUCCGCAGGGCAUCUGGGGUCCCAACGUAAAGGAGUUUAAGCGACGCUUUAGUCCAGAAACCACAGGCGGUGAGGGUCCACACUGGCUGCGCAACCUCUACUUCAUUUACCUGAUAGAACUGCGUGCCUUGGCAAAAGCUGCUCCUUAUCUGCGGCGAGAAGAUUACUACACAGGCAUCGCAGAGGAGGACGAUGAGGUUAAACUAGCCAUCAACGAUAUGUUGAGUGUUAUAGAAAAUUUCCAAUCCCACUUCGACGAGAAUGCCCUCUUCAGUAAUGGAAUCGCUUCCAUUAAGUUCAAGCACGACUACAAGGAAAAGUUCCGAAACAUAUCCCGCAUCAUGAGCUGCGUGGGCUGCGACAAGUGCAAACUGUGGGGGAAGCUGCAGACGCAGGGAUUGGGUACUGCUUUAAAGAUUCUCUACUCAGAGAAGCUCAAUCUGGCAACGGAAAGCGGGUUGUGGGACAAGCCGCACAUCGAAGCGGAUCCCAUCUUCAGGCUGUCGCGAACAGAGAUUGUAGCUCUGUUUAAUGCGUUUGGCAGACUAUCCAACAGUAUAUACGAGAUGGAGAACUUCCGGCGCGUGCUGAGGUAACCCAUCCAGACUGGACUAACCGACCGACGAGGCGGAUCUCAUUCGCCCCACAUGAGCAGCUAGUUAAUUCAUACGCACAUCGCGGGGGCUGCGUCUUGGGCUUCCUACUGAAUGCGGUUUCCCUCCCAUAGUUCGUAACAAUUUACCGGCCAGAGGCUAGCAACCCCAGGAUAGCUGCUUCCCUGUACAUACAAACUAUUACCCUAGGCUACUUGUACUUUAGCGCACCGUAUCACCCUAAAAAAACAAAUGACAAAAAAUAGCCCAUGCAGGAUGCAGGUGUUUAUUGUAAGUUAGCAUAGUAUUUAUUGUAUCUGGAGGAGUUUGUGAGCGGAACUUAAUGAGCAAGUAAACGCAUUGUGCAAUACCACGACCUUACGACACAAGGCCCAAAAAUAAA